CAAACGCGAGCCACCAUGAACGCUUUCAUGUCUCCACGGGACUAUUACAGCAGAUAUAGUUGACACGCGUACGGCAAAUAUGUCCAGCCCAGCUAAAAAACGCAAGAGAAAUAACCCAGAGCCUCCCGCCCAGACUACGCGGAGCAUAGAGUCUUUCUUCAAAGGUCAAGCUGCCAAGCGAGCUCAGAAGGCAGAAGGAAGUCCGAGCAAUACGGCUGGGGAUGAACCGGAAAUUCUUUCAGAUGAAGCCCUUGCUCGCAAGCUUCAAGCGCAGUGGGAUCAGGAGGACAAUGCCACCAGGUCUUCAGCAGUCGCUGAACCCGAAGUCUUGACCGGGCCCUCUACUUCAGCGCCAAAGGGUUCAGGGCCAACAGAGCCCUCUCUGAAAAAGCAUAUUUUGUCAUUACAAUCAUCUUCGGGGACACAUGAUACUGCCUCCCUUGAAAUUCCGCUUGAUCAGAGUCCUCUGGCCUUCCACCCGGCUAAAUAUGCGGAAGAGCUACAGAAGCAUUGGGCCACUCAAGAUGGAGAUGCGUCGUACGCCUUGUUGACAAGGGCUUUCGCUCUUGCAAAUAGCACAACUAGCCGCAUCAAAAUAGUCGACACAUUGGUUAAUUUUCUUCGUGUUCUCAUUGAAGGAGAUCCCUCGAGCCUUCUUCCUUCAGUGUGGCUAGCGACCAGUUCCAUUGCUCCACCAUAUGUUGAGCUGGAACUAGGCCUAGGAGGCUCCUCUAUAUCAAAGGCCUUGAAAAAAGUAUAUGGGUUAAAUAGCCAAGGGCUCAAGUCACUCUACAAUAAACAUGGGGAUCCCGGGGAUGUAGCCUUCGAGGCCAAGAAGAGGCAGAGCUUUACCCUUGUAAAGCCAAAGCCUCUCACGAUCAAAGGUGUCUACCAGUCACUAAUGAAAAUUGCUACCAGCAAAGGGACCGGAAGCCAAGAGAUCAAACAGCGGAUUAUCGAGAAGUUGCUACAAGACACUCGAGGUGCCGAAGAGAGUCGAUACGUUGUGAGAACUCUCGUUCAAAACCUCCGAAUUGGGGCAGUCAAAACGACGAUGCUUAUCGCUCUUGCACGAGCUUUUCUCUUCUCGAAGCCGAAGGGGGCUGAUUUCACGGUUCGUCCUCAACAAGAAUUUGCAAGCCUUAGUAAGGAAGACCUGGCAGAAAUCUACAGCAAUGCCGAGGAAAUAGUGAAGGCUUCAUAUGCCAGGCACCCUAACUACGGUGAUCUUGUUCCCUGUCUGCUUGAGGUCGGGAUUUCAGAAGAGCUCCUUUUACGGUGUGGUCUCGAGCUGCACGUCCCGCUGAGGCCGAUGCUCGGCAGUAUCACUCGUGAUCUUUCGGAGAUGCUAACAAAGCUGCAAGGGAGGGAUUUCAGCUGCGAAUACAAAUAUGAUGGACAGCGCGCACAAGUGCACUGCGAUGCAAAGGGGCAGGUAUCAAUAUUUUCUCGCCAUCUUGAACUGAUGACUGAAAAGUACCCGGAUCUUGUGUCUCUUGUCCCGCAAAUCAGGGGCGAGGACGUUUCAAGCUUCAUCCUAGAAGGAGAGGUAGUCGCCGUUGAACAAGAAACCGGUGAACUACAAACUUUCCAGACGCUCACCAAUCGGGCGAAGAAAAAUGUCGAAAUCGGGGCGAUCAAAGUCAAUGUCUGCCUUUUCGCUUUCGAUCUGAUGUAUCUUAACGGUGAACCUUUGCUUGACCGGCCAUUUCGUGAACGCCGGGAACUCCUACGGGGCUUAUUUGUCGAGAUACCUAAUCGAUUCACCUGGGUCAAAAGCCUGGAUGCCACAUCAGCCGAUUAUGAGGCCGUUUCUGAGUUCUUCAAGAGUGCCACUGGUGCUAAAUGCGAGGGUCUCAUGGUCAAGGUGUUGGAUAACCCCAUAAAACCAGCAGCCAAUGCAGAAGAAAAGACUGUUACUCAUGACGAGCCAAUCCUUCCCCAGCUACAACAAGCGGAAGUGAAAGAAAAGACCACUCGUCGCAGAGCCCUGCUAUCAACAUACGAACCCGACAAGCGUCUCGAGUCCUGGCUUAAGGUCAAGAAGGACUACAGCACCUCCUCAUCAGAAACACUAGACCUCAUCCCAAUCGCAGGCUGGCACGGCCAGGGCCGCAAAGCAAAAUGGUGGUCCCCGAUCCUCCUCGCGGUCCGAAACCCGGAAAGCGGCGCCUUGGAAGCCGUCACAAAAUGCAUGUCCGGAUUCACAGACAAAUUCUACCAAUCACUGCGAGAGAAAUACUCCCCGGGAACGCCCAACGUCGUAUCCCGACCGAGCUACAUCGAAUACUACGGCGAGAAACCCGACGUCUGGUUCGAGCCGCAGGAGGUCUGGGAGACGGCCUUUGCGGAUAUCACGCUCAGCCCAACCUACACCGCUGCUAUCGGACUGGUCAGUGACGAACGAGGGCUCAGUUUGCGGUUUCCUCGGUUUCUGCGGGUUCGAGAUGAUAAAUCGAUCGAUGAGGCGAGCACGUCGGAUUACCUCUCUUUGCUCUGGAGGAAGCAGGUCGAGCGGUCCCGCGUUAAACAGCCCCAUUCAGAUGAACAGCGGCCGGAAAGUGAAAUGGAUCAGGUAGAUAACACCAUUUAGCCUAACUGACGGUUGUUAGAAUUUUGUAUAAAACUGCCUUGUAUUUAUGGCUAUAUAAAUCAGGAAAGUGGCUAUAUCAGCAAAGCCACUGUGGCUCGACCCGGA